UGCAAGGGCCAGCGGCAGGUGCUGGGGGGCAGCAGUGGCUACGUCAGUGACGGCCCCGGCAACUACUCUGUCAACGGCAACUGCGAGUGGCUCAUUGAAGCCCCCAGCCUGCAGCACCGCAUCCUGCUGACGUUCACAUUCAUGGACACGGAGUGCACCUAUGACUACCUCUUCGUCUACGACGGCGACUCGCCGCGCAGCCCCCUGCUGGCCAGCCUCAGUGGCAGCACCCUGCCUCCCCCCAUUGAAGCCACGUCCGGCAAGGCCAGUGGGCGCUGCGAGUGUGAGUCGGGCUUUGUGGGCCAAGGCUGCGAGCUGGCGCUGGGUGAGAACCAGGGCGGGGGGCGCUGGUACAAUGUCAGCGCCAUGGACCCUGCCUUCCACCCCCGUGCCGCCGCUGCCGGCGCCUUCCUGCCAUCUGCCGGUGCCCUCUACCUCUUUGGUGGUCUGGAUUUGAACACAGCCCUGGGCGACCUCAUCUACUACAACUUUAGCACCAAUGUGUGGCACCGCUUGGUGCUCAGCCCCUCCCCGGCAGCGCGGCGCUCGGGAGCGGCAGCAGCCUGGCAGGGGGCGCUGGUGCUGUGCGGGGGGCAGCUGGCGGACGGGCACCUGGCCCACGACGUUUGGACCUUCCUGCCGGCUGAGGGACGGUGGCGUGAGCUGGCCCCAGCCCAUGGCCCUGCGCCCCCUGGCCUGGCUGCCCAUGCUGUUGCUCUCGUUGAUCCCUGGCUCUAUGUCUUCGGAGGCCGCACAGAGGAGGACUUCUUCUCGGCGCAGCUCUUCCGCUUCCACCUGGAGUCGUGGCUGUGGGAGCGGGUGGUGCCGGCAGGUGGGAAGGCACCCGCAGCCGCUGGCCACUCCAUGGUCUUCCAUCCACCGUCUCGUGCCCUUGUGGUUUACGGGGGGCACCGGCCCUCCACUGCCCGCUUUAGCAUGCGCGUUAACACCACGGACCUGUUCCACGUGGACCUGCGGCUCUGGACCACACUGCGGCCCCGUGACACCCCCCGUGGCCCCCGCGAGCGCGCCUUCCACAGUGCCACCGUCAUCGGCGACUACAUGGUGGUUUAUGGUGGCAAUGUGCACAUCCACUACCAUGAAGAGAAGUGCUACGAGGAUGAGAUCUUUUUCUACCACCUGGGCUGCCAUCAGUGGGUGCCCGGGCGUGAGCUGGCCCACGGCCUGCCCCACGAGCGCGAGGGCCGGGGGCCGGCAGGGGGGCGCUAUGCGCAUGUGGCAGCUGUGCUGCAGGGGGGAGUCCUGCUGGUGGCUGGAGGAUUCAGCGGGGUCCCCCGCGGUGACCUGCUGGCAUACAAGGUGCCUGCUUUCGUCUUCCAGGUGCCCGCCCAGAAUUACCACCUGGAUUACUGCUCGCUGUAUGCUGAGGAGGCCACGUGUGCCAAGGACCCAGCCUGCGCCUGGUGCCUGGACGGUUGCCAGAGCCCCGCACCCCGCAGCAGCUGCCCUAGCUCAGGCUGCCUGGGCCUGGCGCGGCUGCUGGGUGACUGCGAGUCAUGCCUGGCAUUUGGGGGUGGCGGCGGUAGCGCUCCCUUGCCCCGUGCCCCAGGGCCCUUUGGCUGGUGCGUCCAGAAUGAGACCUGCAUGCCCAUUGCUGAGCAGAGCCGGUGUCGCGUGGGGCAGAUCUCAGGAACCUAUGGCUGGUGGGGGCCACGGCCCGUCUUUGUCACGACCCUGGAGCGUUGCCAGGCUGAGAACUUCUUGCCUGGCCUCCACCUUGUCACGUAUCAGCACCCGCGCAACGACUCCCAGCCCGACAAGGUGUCGAUCGUGCGCAGCACGGCCAUCACAUUGAGCCCCAGUGCAGAGAUGGACGUCUCGCUGGUCUACAAGGGUUUCUUGUACCCGCUGGCAGGGGCUGGUGCAGCCGGGGGUGCCGAGCCCGAUGUGGCUGUGUGGGCCCGCAUGCAGCGCCUCUUUGUGGUGGCACGCCUUGCCCGCCAGCCCGGGGCUGCUGACAUGGAGGAGGUGGGGCGCUGGGCAGCGGGGCAGGAGCGUGAGACGCGGCCACUGCGGCGCCCAGGUGGGGGGCGCUUGUUCCCGGUGCCCGGGCGGGGGCACAAGUACGCACUGCAGGUUGAGGGACACCUCAAUGCCUCGGGCCAUGGCCAGGCCAGCGAGCUCGCUCUGCUCUGGGACCGUACCGGCCUGCCUGGUGGCAGCGUGAGUGUACUGGACAUCUGGGUUACCUGCAGGGGUGCUGGGAGCCCAGACACACUUGGGCGCCGCACGUGCGCGGACUGCCUGUCCAACUCGAGCCAGUGCGCCUGGUGCCAGUCCACCCGCAGCUGCUUCUUUUUUGCUGCCUACCUGGCCAAGUACCCGUAUGGUGGCUGCCGUGGCUGGUACGACAGUGUGCACUCGGUGCCGCAGUGUCUGGACUGCGGGCGCUUCAACACCUGCCGUGAGUGCCUGCAACACCUGGAGUGUGGCUGGUGUGGCGACGCCGACAACCCCACGCUGGGCAGGUGCCUGCCCGGGGACUUCUCGGGGCUGCGCGGCUUCGCCAACUGCUCGGACGCACUGGGGACUCCCCCCGGGCCGGGGCCCCCCCCUCGCUGGGCCUAUGGACGCUGCCCCGACGUGGACGAGUGCCGCCUGGGCCUGGCACGGUGCCAUCCAGCUGCCGCCUGCCGCAACACUCCUGAUGCCUUUGAGUGCCGCUGCCGGCGUGGCUAUGCCGGAGAUGGCCUCACCCACUGCAACCGCACGUGCUAUGACGACUGUGGGCAUGGGCGCUGCAGCGGGUCCCCCAACUUCACCUGCGUGUGCGACCUGGGCUGGACAUCGACGCCAGGUGCAGGGGGGGCCGAGGGAGGGAGCGCACGCUGCACCGUGGACUGCGGCUGUCACUUCCACAGCUCCUGCGAGGCUGCCGGUCCUGGUGUCUGCGACCAGUGCCAGAACUGGACGCAGGGGCCACGCUGUGAGCGGUGCCGCCCUGGCAGCUUCGGGGACGCAAUGGGUGCAGGCGGCUGCCGCGAGUGCCGGUGCCACGGCCACGGGCGCCCGGAGCUGGGCCACUGCCAUGCAACCACUGGUGCCUGCUUCUGUGCCCCCCCCACCGAGGGCCCCCACUGCGAACGCUGCGCCCCCGGUUUCUACGGGGACCCUAGGGACGGGGGCACGUGCUACCGGGAGUGUGCGGGGCGUGAGCUGCUGGGAAACCUGUCGGGGGCAGCAGCGCUGGGGUCGUGGCGCGCAGGGGGAGCACCGGAGGGGGGCCUGGCCUUCUGUGUCUGGGUGCUGGCGGCCACCCCAGGCCCCCAGCCCUGUGCCCCUGCGCCUGAGCCCGCCCCACCUCGGCCCUGCCCCGCCAUCAGUCUCCACAUCCAGCCUGACCUGCAGGGACCCUGCUCUAGCAGCUACGUGUAUGCCUUUGAUGGGGUUCCAGCCUUCCUCGAUUCGGGGGUCAUCCAGGCUGACCGCACCCUCAUUGGGGCCUUCUGCGGCCGUGGCCGCGACCAGCCCCUGGUCCUGGAGGCCCAUUCAGGUGUGCUGGUGCUGUACUAUGAGGCCAAUGUGACAGCAGAGGAGGGCGACCCCCCUGUGCCCCUGCCCGGGUUUAAUGCCACAGCCUGGGUGCGGGACUGCGCCCCCCCUGGCUGCGGGCCGGGCCGCGAUUGCCGCGCCGGGCGCUGCAUGUGCCAUGAGGGCCGUGCCGGCCCUGACUGCCAGCGCCUCGUCUGCCCUGGGGACUGUGGUGCCCCCGCCGGCCGUGGUGCCUGCAACACUAGCCUGGGCCUGUGUGUGUGCCGUGACGGCUUUGCAGGCCCCGACUGCGCCGUGACCCUUGACCCCGGCCACAUCGUCUGGGAGACACUGGUGGACGCUGAGCUGACAGCCGUGAGUGCCCCCCCCCAUUGCCCAGCCCCCCCCACAUCCGGGGGGGGUGCUGAUGGCAUGUGUCCCCGGGCCCUGGCCAGCCGGUUCCUGCAGCGCCUGGCACACACCAUGGUGCCUGGCCCCGAGGACACACUCUGGAUGUUCGGGGGCCUCUCGCUGAGCCAUGGCCUGCUGGACAGCGUGUACAGGUACUCACUCCCGGAGCGGCGCUGGACACAGAUGCUGGUUGGGACAGCGGAUGGGGGCCCUGGGCCGGUGCCGCGCUAUUUCCACGCGGCUGCCUACGCGCCUGCGCGCCGUGCCAUGUACGUGCUGGGGGGGCUGGCGGCCAGUGGUGCCCGCCGCGACUUCUGGGCCCUUGACCUCAGCACCCUGCAGUGGCGCCAGGAGCAGGCGACAGCAGUACCAGCAGUGGCCGGGCACACGCUGACCCCACGCCGCGGCUCGUCCCUGCUGCUCAUUGGUGGCUACUCGCCCGAGAACGGCUUCAACACGCAGCUGCUGGAGUUUGACCUGGCAGCCGGCACCUGGCGCGUGGGGGCCCAGGCGGGCACCCCCCCCACCGGUCUAUAUGGACACACUGCUGUGUACCAUGAGGCCACAGAUGCUGUGUACGUGUUUGGGGGGCAGCGCUUCCACGUGGAGACGGUGUCGGCAUCACCUGAGCUCUACAGCCUGCACUACCCCAACCUCACCUGGAGUCUGCUUGCGCCCUCACAUGGUCACAAGCCGGUGCCUCACGUGUUCCACGCGGCGGCCGUGCUGGGCGACACCAUGGUGGUAGUGGGCGGCCGUGCCGGCACCCGCGACUUCUCCAACCAUGUCCUGCUCUACCAGGUCCUCUGCAAUGCCUGGAUCCUGCCGGACCGCACUGGUACUGCCUGCACUGCCCAGCCCUCAGAGACUGGUGUCCCCCACUCCCCUGCCCUGGCCCCCUUCAGGGUGGGGUCUGCAUGGAGGGUGGCUAUGCGAAUGUCAUGCACGGGGCGGGGUGGGGUCAAUGGCAUUAUGGGCGUGGCCUUGCUGAGUGUCUGCCCCCUUUCCCCCAGGUUGGGCUGCCCUCCCGGCGCUGCCCCCUGCUUCCCGGCGCCACGAUCGCCCGACGAGUGCCGGCGCCUCCGGACCUGCAGUGAGUGCCUGGCGCUGCACCCCCGUGCUGCUGCUCGGCCGGGCCCUGCCCCCACGCCCGGCCCUGCCCAUGGGCUGCCGCAGUGCAAGUGGUGCACAAACUGCCCCGAGGGUGCCUGCAUCGGCAGCGCUGGGAUCUGCACGUCGGAGAACGACUGUCGUAUCAACCAGCGCGAGAUCUUUGCGGCUGGCAACUGCUCCGAGGUCUCCUGUGAGGCCUCUGACUGCCCCAAGUGCACGGCUGCUGGCAAGUGCAUGUGGACGCGCCAAUUCAAGCGCACAGGGGAGACGCGGCGAAUCCUGAGCGUGCAGCCCACCUACGACUGGACAUGCUUCAGCCACUCGCUGCUCAAUGUGUCACCAAUGCCGGUGGAGUCGUCGCCACCAUUGCCCUGCCCCACACCCUGCCACAGCCACAGCGCCUGCGCAGACUGCCUGCGCUCCAAGGGUGCUGACGGUGGCUGGCAGCACUGCGUCUGGAGCACCAGCCUGCAGCAGUGCAUGAGCCCCAGCUACGUGCCGAUGCGCUGUGCGGCUGGGCUGUGUGGGCGAGUGCUGCGGGGGUCUGAGAGCUGUGCCACCCUCCGGGGCGCCGUGGGCGGCGGGCACCCCCGCUGUGGCUGGUGCGCCCGACGUGGGCACAACGGGGGCGGCCGCUGCCUCGAGGGUGGCCUCCACGGGCCCCGCCACGGGCUGGCGCAGGCGUGUGGGGGUGACGCGGACUGGGCCUUCCUGUCAUGCCCCCCCGAGGACGAGUGUGCCAACGGUCACCACGACUGCAACGAGACUCAGGACUGCCGCGACCUGGCACGCGGAUAUGCCUGUGCCUGCAAGAGUGGCUAUACGCUGCACACGGCCACGGGGCUGUGCCGUCCGGUGUGCGAGCAGGGCUGUGUGAACGGGACGUGUGUGGAGCCCAACCGCUGCCGCUGCCACUUCGGUCAUGUGGGCCGCAACUGCUCGGCUGAGUGCCGCUGCAACCGCCACAGCGACUGCCUGGGCGAGGGCCGGCCCGACCACUGCUUGCAGUGCCACAACAACACCAUGGGGCCGCACUGUGAGCGCUGCCGCCCACUUUUUGUGGGCUCGGCACUGAACGGGGGCUUGUGCCGGCCCUGGGGCAGCUUCUGCCGCGGGAACAGCCCCGUGUGCGUGACUCGCGAGCAGUACGAGCGUGCCCGGCGUGACCCUGCGCACUUCCCACUGGAUCCUGCCCUAGUCCCAACAUGGGUGCCCGAGGGGCCGUCAGAGGACACAGCCGUGUGUGUGAACUGCCAGAACAACAGCUUUGGUGAGAAGUGCGAGAGCUGCUUGCACGGCUACUUCCUGCUGGAUGGGAAGUGCACCAAGUGCCAGUGCAACGGCCAUGCGGACACGUGCAACGAGUUGGAUGGCACGGGCUGCCCCUGCCAGAACAACACGGAGACGGCGCCAUGCCAGGGCGUGGGUGGUGCAGGCCCAGGCGAGCGCCGUGACUGCUACAAAUCCCAGUGUGCCAAGUGCCGAGACACGUUCCACGGGCAGCCCGUGGGGGGGCUGCAGUGCUACCGGCUCAUCGCGGUGGAGCAGGAGUACUGCUUCGACCCCGCCUCGCAGAGCAACUGCUUCCACGCGCCGCAGCGCCGUGACCUGCCGCGCGGCCGCACCGUGCUCUUCGCCGUGCAACCCAAGUUCACCAACGUGGACAUCCGGCUCACCGUGGACGUCACGGCCGGCGGCCUCGACCUUUUCGUCUCUACCGCCUAUGACACCUUUGCCGUGGAUGUAGAGCCGGGCACCGGCGUGCACCGCGUGCGGGUGCUACCGCCCGCUGAUGGGCGUAAUGGCUCGGGGCCAGGCCUGCGGGUGCGUGAGGAGCGGGCACGUGGGUUGGUGACCUAUGUGACUGUGCGGCCGCCACAAGCCGUGUUGGUGGUGCGUGGUGUGCGUGAUCGGCUGGUGGUGACAUACCCACACGAUGCGCACGCGCUCAAGUCCAGCCGCUUUUAUGUGUUGCUGCUCGGCGUGGGCGCUGGUGCCGCCAUGCCUGCCACGCAGGGGUUGCUCUUCUUCCGCCAGGACCAGGCGCACAUCGACCUCUUCGUCUUCUUCUCAGUCUUCUUCUCCUGCUUCUUCCUCUUCCUCUCGCUCUGCGUGCUGCUGUGGAAGGCCAAGCAGUUUGUGGAUGUGCGGCAUGAGCAACGCCGGCACCUGCAGGAGAUGACCAAGAUGGCAAGCCGCCCCUUUGCUCGCCUCACCGUGCUCUUCGAGUCUGAGCCGGGCGGAGCUGGUGCCCCACGGGCGGCCGAGCUGGUCUUUUUGCCGACCCGGCCGCCCAAGCACCCAGCGUUGGGCGCCGCGCCGCGCCUGCGCCCUUUCCCUGAGCUCCCCUACGCCUCGGCCCGUGUGCGCCGCUCCGAACCCUUCCUCUCACACCUGCUGGGCUUCCCCUGUGCCCCUUUCCGUGUGGGGCCUGUGGCACUGGAGCCCACCGAGGAUGGAGUGGCCGGUGUGGCCCCCCUGCUGCUACAGCUGCCAGGCGGCGCCCAGGCCCCCAACCGUGCCUGUCUGGGGUCGGCCCUCGUCACCCUGCGCCACCACCUGCAGGACUAUGGUGCAGCUGGCUCCCAUGGGGCCCCUGGUGCCCAUGCCCGCAAGGGCCGCAUUGGCCACGACCACCUCACCAGCAUGUCACUCUGAGUGCCCGUCUGUGCCGCACGCAGGAUGCCUGGAGCCAGGACUCGCCAUGGGGCCCACGCCCUCCUGCCUGCUCACGCUGCAACAGCCGGGCAGCGUGGUGGCACCCUGCCCCGGGGUAAUAAAGGAGUGUCUGGA